GAAAGAAUCUUGAAAUGGAAAGAGUAAGCAGUUUCUGGGUAGCUAUGGUGUUGGGGAUUUUUCUCUUGUCAGAAACCAGUAAGAGUCUUGUUGAGAAUGAUAAGCAAGCAUUAAUGGAGUUUGUAAAGAAUGUCCCUCAUUCAAGGCCUCUGAACUGGGAUGAGAAGCUCUCAGUUUGCAAGAACUGGAGUGGGGUGACCUGCAGUGAAGAUGGUUCCAGGGUUACUGGUCUGAGAUUACCUGGGGCAGGUUUUCAUGGCCCAGUUCCAGAGAAUACCCUCAGCCGUUUAUCAGCUUUGCAGGUCUUGAGCCUCAGAUCCAAUGGCAUUUCUGGGAACUUCCCUUCAGAUUUUGGUAAUCUGAAAAACUUAUCCUAUCUUUAUCUGCAGAACAACCAUUUCUCUGGGCCUUUGCCUUUGGAUUUGGGUGUUUGGGAGAAUCUCACCAUUGUUAACCUGUCCAACAAUGGGUUCAAUGGUAGCAUUCCUUAUUCGAUUUCGGGUCUGUUUCGGCUCACUCAUUUAGACCUUUCAACCAACUCAUUCUCUGGUGAAAUCCCUGACAUGAAUCUCCCUAACUUGCAGUUCUUGAACCUGUCUGACAAUUACCUUAGUGGCGUCGUCCCUGGGUCACUUCAAAGGUUUCCUAGGAGCGUGUUUUUCGCAAACAAUGUGUCCUUUUCCUUGUUGGACUAUUCUGUUUCCACCCAAAACCUGAAACCCAAGAAUAACAAUUCUGCAGGGGAGUUGAGUGAGAGGGGUUUGGUUGGAAUCAUACUAUCUGUGAGUGUGAUUGGGAUUCUUGGAUUUGGUUUUCUGCUGCUUAUCUGUUGUCUUAGAAAGAAACAGGAAGAGCCCUUCCAGCAUGGGAAUAUGGAGUCACCCGAGAAGGCGAUUUCGCAGACCCAAGAAGAGACAAUGAGCAACAGAUUGGUGUUCUUUGAAGGUUUUAACUAUGCAUUUGAUUUAGAAGAUCUUCUUGGAGCUUCUGCUGAGGUACUGGGGAAAGGAACAUAUGGUAUGGCCUAUAAGGUGAUACUCGAGGAGGCAGCGACGGUGGUGGUGAAAAGAUUGAAGGAAUUGGGAGUUGGGAAGAGGGGAUUUGAGGAGCAAAUGCAGGUUGUGGGAAGUAUAAAACAUGAGAAUGUUAUUGAGCUUAGAGCAUACUACUUUUCCAAAGAGGAGAAGCUCAUUGUCUAUGACUAUUUCAGCCAUGGCAGCGUUUCUGCAAUGCUACACGGCAGGAAUGGAGAAAGCAAGAGGCAUUUGGACUGGAAAACGCGGCUGAGGAUAGCCAUUGGAGCAGCAAGGGGGAUUGCUAGAAUCCAUGAAGAGAAUAACGGCGGGAAGCAGCAGCUGGUUCACGGCAACAUAAAAUCCUCCAACAUCUUCCUCAACUCCAGGCAAUACGGGUGUGUCUCCGACGUCGGAAUCUCCACGAUUAUGAGCCCAUUAACUCUGCCGGUUGCCCGUUCAGCAGGCUACUGUGCACCGGAGGCCAUGGAUAACCGGAGAGCAGCGCAGCCGCCGUCCGACGUCUACAGCUUCGGCGUGGUCUUACUGGAGCUCCUCACCGGGAAGUCCCCUCUCCACGCAACGCGCGGCGGCGACGAGAUCGUCCACCUCGUCCGGUGGGUCCACUCGGUGGUCCGGGAGGAGUGGACGGCGGAAGUGUUCGACGGAGAUCUUCUCAAGUUCCCAGACGUUCAAGAGGAAAUGGUGGAGAUGUUGCAGAUUGCCCUGUCAUGUGUGGCCAGGGUGCCAGAUCAACGGCCUCAAAUCCAUCAAGUUCUGAAAAUCAUCGAAAACCUUCAACAUACAGAUAUGGAGAAGAGGCAAUCGUUUGAAAACACAACUUCAAAGCCGCCAUUGCCACCCACUCAAGGAGAGUUAUUGGUUAUACUGGAUUCACAAGAUCAAAUUACUAUAUACUAAGUGAGAACGUAACGUAGGCUCUAUCUCUAUAAUCAUAUUUUUAGACGAAAGUUGUAUCGAUAUAUAUUUCAAUAUAUUGAUCUUGUGAGUUUUGCAUAAUUCACAACAUUUGCAGUGGUGAAAAAAAAUUCUUUUUGUGUGUUUUUCUUUCCAUUCACCCUCUUGGUGAAGGGCUGCAAAUUUUUGU